CCCAACCAAUGACAAUAGUUAGGUAACAAAUAAUAUAAUAAGAUCAUAAAAAAUGAGAUAUACGUGCAAAACCCUAAUAUUACAAAUAUGAGUCAGCUCGGGGACCUACUGAGAGAAUCGGCGGAUGAAACCAGAAGUGGAAGGACCAUGAUGCUGAGUUUACUCGAGGAAGAUCGAAUCGACGGUGAAGAUCGAGCGACGAGCAAGUGGAGUACGCUGAAACAACGGCUGAGAUUUGAUUGGGUUGGCUGUUGCGGUGGACCCACCUUGCUGCGUCUCAGAGGAUCAGAAGCACCAGUCGCCGAGGAAGACGAAGAUGACGAGGAGGAGGAAGAAACCUCGGGUCAAAACCGGGUCGUUAACUUGUCGAAUUCGGUUCGGGAUCCGGGUUUGGUUGUGGACACGGAGUGUUUAACACGAGGCACAAGGAAUCUCGCGGAGGCUCUUGCGGAGGAGAGACUAGCGCGGGGCGAGAACGUGACGGAGGCUUCGGUUGCUAAGGUACCGUUGAUGAAAUUGCUUGCGGAAACGGAGGGUUGCGAUGCGACCACGUGGACCGGUGCUGAUCCUUUGUGUUGCGUGUGUAUGGGAAGGGAGAAAGGCGCGGCGUUUAUCCCAUGUGGGCAUACGUAUUGUAGAGUGUGUUCAAGGGAGAUUUGGAUGAACCGUGGAUCGUGUCCUCUUUGUAACCGUUCCAUAUUUGACGUUCUUGAUCUUUACUGAAAAAAAUACAUUGAUGUAUUGUUGUUAUGUUCUGAUCGACGGUAAAGUUCAGGUCUCUUUGUGCAUAUUUUGAUUGCAGUUUCAAUAAAAGGAUGAUGUAUUAUUGGUGGGUCAUAGACAUUGUGGUAAGAAAAUAGUUUGUUUAGACGAAUGGAAUUAUUUAAGUUCCGUUGUGAAGAAUAAUAGUUCAA